UAAACCAAAAAAAAAAAAACAUUAAAGAAACAAGGAUUGAGGCUUUCCAUCGAUUAAAACCGAUGAAAACCCUUUCAAAAUUCAACAAUGGAGGCUAGGGUUUUGGAGAGAGGAAGGAGGAGAAAAUAUAUUUUUUUUUUUUUGGAAAAUUUGUAAAUAUUAAGUCAAUCUUUUUGCCAUCCGCUUUUAUUAUGUCAAUCUUUUAAUUAUUUAUGAACACGUCAACCUUGUAAUAGCAUUAAUUUUUAUUACGUUUUUUUACCGGUGACCGGAUAAAUCCUUUAAAUUUUCAAAAAAAAAUUAAAAUGAAAAAUUGAGUUGGCAUUUUAAGUUGUUUUUAACCCCCAAAAAAAAUGAGUUGGCUGUUAAUCAUGCAACUAAUUAAUAAUUUACUCCUAAAAUUCACGAUCUCCCUCCUAUUCUCCACUCUUCCUUUCAUCUCCAUACUCCAACUCUAUUAAAAUUUGCACAUACUCCAUUAUUCCUUCCUCUUCCUCUCAAACCCAAGACCCACCCUCACCGCUUCUCACUUGCUUUCAGCAUGCUCACACCAGCAAACCCCACAAGCGGUGCCGGAAAACCACCUCUGUGACUCCCUGCCACCAAACAAACACCCCACCACAACCAAUCCACCUCUUUUCCCAUCAUCGUCCUCUUCUAAUCACACCCCAGUAUUCUCAAUUAAAUUAUGGUCUGUUUGGUAUUGUGGAUUUCAUUUUAAAUGAUGGAAUUGGGCCAAAUAUGUUGUUUGGCUAUACUAAGAAUUUGGAUUUGUAAUUGGGCCAAAUCCAAGGUAUGUAAGAAAUAUGGCCAUUUUUAGGAAUUUGAAAUCCAUUAUCAAAUCAUGUAAUUUCAAAUCCAAUUUAUUUCCCAUCUUACUCUUUCCCUCUCCACGAAUUUUUUGAGAAUUUUUUCCCUAAAACCUUGCUCUCUCUCCUACCUCUCUCUCCUGUGCCGCCAUUAGAGAAGCUGAGGUCAAGCUUUUGCUCUAUCUCUCUCCUUUUUGUUGCCAUUUGUAAUUGUUGUUUAUUAGCUAGUUGUAAUUCUUAACCCUAAUUUCUGUAAUUUGAUGAGAUUUGUCAAUUUAAUCAACCCUAAUUUUUGCAAUUUGAUGAGCAAUAGCACUGAUGGCUGCGAUUGUAUUAUUUUUAUUAUCUUUAAUUGUUGCAUACAAUUUUACAGCAGCUUGGUAUGAAUUGAUUUGCAUGAUUUUUUUUCGUGAUUUGUGUUGAUAGUUUGAUUAAAUAGGAGCUGCCUUUCAGUUUGAUUUUUUUCGCUCUUUUUUUUGUUCAUUUUUACUAUAAAUUUAAUUGAUUUGUGUGGUAAAACACUAGUAUUUCAGUGCACACUAGGUGUUCGAUGAAAUGUUAAAGUGAGAAAUUGUUUACAAAAUAAUAUCUUUGCUCUCUGAAUGUUGGAAAUUUAAGUGUUCUUAUUUGAAAUGCUAUGAUCAAUUGAUUUUCAUGUUGUUCUAUUGGAGAGCUUGAGUAGAGUAGCUUGGCCAAGAUUACUGCCGGAGGGGUAUAAUAAUGGAGUGUAUGACUUAGGCAGUAGUAAUACUGGAGUUAUUUUGUCAAACUUAUUUCAUGAAACUCAUGGAGGAGUAUGUGCUUCAUUGCAGAAAUCAGUUUAUGAAAUCAGUUUCAAUUAAUUUACUAUUUUAGAGAUUAAUAUUGAUUACAACAUGAUAAUGUGUACGUUAUUGGAAAUUAUUAUUAGUAAGUGACUUACAUGUAGAAGACACUAGCUAGAAUAAUUAUUACUUGCAUUGAGUUUGUUUCUUAGAGAAUUCGCCUCCUAACCUGUGUACAAGUAUAUAUAUGCAAAGUUUGAGUUUGGGUAUUGUUUAUUCUUCCAGCUCAUACUUAAAAAGUUGUCAGAGGAAGUCUCUACUCGGGAGUCUCUAAAACAUGUAAGGGAUGAUGACGAAGAUAUGGAGUUUAUUGUCGUAGUUAUAGGUUUCAUUAUGAUAGUAGUAGGUGCAUGUUAUGGUCAAAAGUAUAGGCUUAAAGAGGUAACAUGGAAUGAGCAUGAGUGUGCCUUAACUAGAGCUACUUGGAUGAACACUUUAAAAAAUAAUAGGAUUUUUCGAGAGCAAUUAAGGAAUGAAAUAAGUUGUUUUAAUAAAUUAUGUCAUAUUUUGCAAACUAAGGGAGGUUUAAAGACAACAAGAAAUGUCACGGUAAAAGAGAUAGUUGCAUUGUUUCUUCAUAUUCUUGCCCAAGAUUUGAAAAAUAGAACAAUUCAAGCUAUCUUUGCCCGUUCUGGAGAGUCCGUGAGUCGUCAAUUCCAUAUAGUCCUCCGAUCUAUUUUGAAGAUUGGAAAAUAUUACAUCAAGCAAGUUGACCAAACCACUAGUUUUGCCGAGGAUAACAAGCAGAAAUGGUUUGAGGGUGUUGUUGGAGCUCUUGAUGGAAAACACAUUAAGAUGACCGUCCCUAUUGAGGAUCCUCCUCGCUAUCGAGAUAGGAAAGGUGACCUUAGUACUAAUGUCUUAGCGGCUUGUGAUUCAAAUCUUCGUUUCACAUAUGUCUUACCCGAUUGGGAAGGGUCCGCAUUAGAUCCUCGUGUGCUUCGUGAUGCGUUAAGGAGGCCUAAUGGGCUUAAAUUACAAAGAAACAAAUACUUUCUUGUGGAUUUGGGCUUUUCAAACUGUGAGGGAUUUUUAUCUCCUUACAAAGGAACCCGUUAUCAUUUCAAUUUGUGGAGGGGAAACACUCCAACAAAUUAUAUGGAACUUUUCAACUUACGACAUUCCUCUGCCCGAAACACUAGCGAAAGGGCUUUUGGGUUGUUGAAGAAACGUUGGAGCAUCCUUAGGGAUCCUAGUUUUUUUUGGGAAAAAGACUCAAAUUAGGAUAAUUAAUGUAUUUUUCAUCCUCCAUAACUUAAGAGAGGAAAAAAUGGAAGAAACGACUCUUAUGCAAGAGGUAGAACACGAUUUGUUAAAUAUGGAAGUAAUCGAUGUAGAAAAAGAAGAAGAAGAAGAAGUGUAGACACCCAUUUGUGUCCCCCCAAAAUCAAACCCGGUGA